AUGGCGAUGAUGAUGGCUGGCCGUGUGCUGCUGGUGUGUGCCCUCUGCGUGCUGUGCUGCGGUGCUGUUUUUGGACACGCGAUGGAGGAUUACUGCGGUGAGGGUGGAGGGAACGGUUUGAGGCACACGAGUAAUGGUGGAGAUGACGGCGUGUCUCCAAAGGCGGACUGCGGGCUGUUAUCCACUCGAAUGGCAUUAAUAAAGGCGGUUGAGGCUGCGGAAGCUGGAGAAGAAUCGAGUGGUGUUCCAGACCAGCCUCAGGAUAAGUCGGAGUCAUCACCUAAUAAUAAAUUGGGCAAUAAUAUGCAGUCCACUGGAGUGCCUGGUUCAGGAGGUAGUGUCGCAGGUCAAGCACCACUGGGGUCAGGAGGCUCAGAUACAGGAGGACAGGAGAGGGGAUCAAACGUGUUGGGCCCAAAUGAAGAAAAGGAAGCAGGUAGGAUGGACCAAAAGGACGGUAAGGGAACUGGGCCCCACAACGAAGGUGCUGAACAAUCCUCUUCUUCAUCUGGCAGCCCUGCCCCUCAAAGUGGUGAAGAUCACAAAUUGGAGAAUACUUCCGAGAGUAAUGAAUCCUCCGAUAUCCAACUGAAGAAAGAAGAUGCAGUUGAAGCGGAAAUACCAAAAAUAUCAGAAAAAGAAGAACCUGGUGGAGGGAAAGAAAACGAAAAUGGUAAGGCACUCACAGGGAUACCUGACAGUCAAACGAAAAUGAAAGAAACUAAAACAGUAACACCACCGCCACUACUGACAAAAACAGCAGAAGAGGCACGGAUAACAAUUGGAAUUCCAGCGGGGGAUUCAACACCAGCAGAAACGAACGGUCAUUCCAAACCUGAAGAUACCGUGAACAUGCAACAGCUACAACAACCCCAAGACGGCAUUGAGUCAAACAACAAUUCACAGACAAACAGCGGUACCGAAAUAUCAGCCAAUCAACAGAAUGAACCAUCUGCCGACCAAGCAGAAUCCACGCCACUACCCACGGCAAACGGUGAUGCCGCCAAUAAUAAAGCUGAAAAGAGCACUGAAGAGGGCAUGCCAAACAAUGGCCCAGCAGCCGAUGGUGCAGAGACACGAGAAGAAAAACAAGAUGAAAAUAAAGAAGCCAAUCCGAAGGAAACACCAGUCGAAGCCACAGCCAUGAAAACUACGACGGCGACGACUGGCGACAGUGACGGCAGCACCGCGGUCUCGCACACCACCUCCCCUCUUUUGCUUCUUCUUCUUGUUGCUUGUGCGGCUGCGGUGGUGGCCGCGUGA